CAUCCAUCAGUUGCACGCUAUCAUCCUAUCUGAUCUCUCAAAACCACGCCGUUUCACAUGGGCCAUCAUCCAAAGUCGGCGACGCCAUCAUACAACCUUCUUGGGGUUAUCUCCAAAGCUACGAACGUUGCAGACAUUUGCAAGGCUUUUGCAAAAAAAUGGCACGUCGCAGGUAGGAACACCUCCAAUCAUCGUGACAAACCGGAAUCCAAGUUCAUUUCCAUCAAUGAGGCAAAAAGGGCUAUUAGUUCCCGAAAGAGAGAUAAACAAACCGCCACCUUUGACGUCGACAACCAAAAUACACCCAAAGGUUCCAGCCGGAAAACGCUGCCAGAAAGCUUGGAGCAAGACGAGGAUGAAGAGUUGUUCAUUUCGGGCCCCAGGCUCCUGUCAAGGACCACCAGCCGGCUCGCAAUAUCCCCAAAAUUUUCGAAAAGCUCCAGCAGGAAAGGCAAUAAAACACCUAGAGCUGCGGAUUUUUAUGCCCAUUUGGAAAGAUCAACCUCGUUUUCUGGCACCCAAUCCCAUGAUCUUUUGGGAACAUCGAGCAAAAGAACCGCCACUCCCAUUAUUUUAUCCGAGUCGAUCUCUCGUAGAAAGCCUCCGCCGGUGGAGAAGAGGCUGGAAUGCACGCUUGAGGAGUUGUGUUAUGGAUGCACCAAGGAGGUCAAGAUUACAAGAGAGAUCCUUUCAAACACCGGACUAAUUAUUCAAGAGGAGGAAUAUGUAACAAUCAAAGUGAAGCCCGAGUGGAGACGGGGAACAAAAAUUACAUUUGAAGGGAAGGGAGACGAGCGGCCAGGAUGCCUCCCGGCAGAUGUGAUCUUUGUGAUUGAAGAAAAGAAACACUCAAUGUUCAAGAGGGAAGGAGAUGAUUUGGAGCUAGGAGUUCAAAUCCCUUUAGUCCAAGCUCUAACAGGAUGUACAAUAACGGUGCCGACAUUGGGAGGGGGGGAGAUGAUUCUGAACUUGGAUGAUGAAAUCAUUUAUCCUGGAUUAGAGAAAACUAUACCUGGACAAGGGAUGCCUAAUAAUCAAGGUCAGAGAGGCGACCUUCGACUCAGAUUUCUCGUAGGUUUUCCUACAGAUUUGAGUGAAGAGCAACGAUCCCAAGUUGCCAGCAUACUGAGAGAUUGUUGUUGA